AAAUUUAGAUUUAAGUGUGGACACUUGCCAAAUCAAGUGAAGGAAACGACAACACAUGCCGGUUAUGAGAAACGUAUGAUGUCAUUAAUUGUUUAUCCCUAGACUCAUGUGAACGACUUCGCGGAAUUCCUUAAUAAAUAAACAUCACGAGUGAAGCUGUCAGUGAAUCUACGUGUUAAGAGUUGACCACCGGACAGUGAGGUAUUAGAAAGUCGUGCAGUGACAGCGGGCACCUGCAGACCGAAAUAAUGCUAGCACAGAGGAUAAGGAUGCAGGCGGCAUCGGGCAUCAAGAUGCUGACCGCUUGCACGUCCUCGAACCUAAUUUUGAAGAAUCCAAAUCUCCGAAUACAUUCAAGGAGUACCGGCAACAACAAACAGCUUUACUGGAACGGAAAUGGGGUGCGUGGGGACAAAUCAGUUUACUGCAUGCAGUUCGAUGCUUCUGGUCUCAAGGAAAACGAACUUUCCAAUUUUGCCACAACCUUGCAGAAUGACGUGACCAGCAUGAAACCGGAUAUAGUCUACAUACAGCAAACAAAAGAGAGCGUAUACACGGAAGAGAUCGGGCUCAGGAUGAAAAGAAUGGGAUAUGAUGGCUACGUACAGAAUGUCGCACCCGAACUGAAACAAGCCACUUUCUUUCGAUCCAAUCUUCUCUCAGGUUCAAACGGCGACUCAGGAAUUGUGAAGAGAGCAAGGACUGGUUGAAUGUAUCAUGAAAUGCUGUUGAUCAGAAUUCACCAUUCAUUCUCAUUUGAAAGCAUCCAUUGGCUCUCCGCCCGAUGAUAUACCGAAACUCUUGUAUAUGUCCUAUUAGCGAUCUUGAAUGACAUUGGUCUCAUAGCAUGUUAGAUGCGACGAUGGAUAAAUUUAAAUUUGAGGAGGAAUAGGCGUGAUUGCGUCCCUGUUUACAAGAAAAAAACCAGUCCGAUGAUAAUUGAUCAAGUUCAACACAUACGAUAACAUGAUUGUAUGGGUAACAUAGGAUUGUAUGGGUAACAUAAGAUUUAACCGGAAUAAUCCUAUCAGGAAUCUCAGAACAUUUAGAUUGUAUUUAACCUUUCGUCGUUCCGGUGACGAGGAAGCUACAGACUUUUCUUUAUUUCAGCGGUUUAUGUUUGAUAUCCUUUCACUGUUUUAUUUGAAUUGUAAAAUGAUUUUGUUCGAUUGUUCUUCAUUUUGUUGUAUUUCACAUACAAUUUAUAACAUGUGCUCUAAUAUAUUUCACACACAAUCUAUAUCGUGUGCUUUAAAUAAUCCUACGUUAUAAAAAUCAUAUGUACAUGUAUAUAUUUGUUAUGAAUAACCAUACUUUAUGAAUAAUCAUAUGUAAUACUUGUUAUGAAUAACCACAUGUUAUGAAUAAUAGUAUAUAAUACUUGUUAUCAAUAUAACCAUACGUUAGAGAUAAUUAUUAAAAUACGUGUUAUGAUUAAACAUACAAUGUACGUUAUGAAUGAUAAUUUAAAAUACUUGUGAAUAAAACAAAUAAUUUUA